CUAUAUCAAUCACACACGCCGCACCGCCUUCAUUUAUAUCCUCAUCUCAUAAACCCUAAACCCUAACAUAUACACACAAUACACGUAUCUAUACAUACAGACUCUUCAAGAUUCUUAGCUCUCUCCACGAUGGCUUCCACUCUGUUGCUCAGAUCUAUUCGUCGACGCGAACUUUCAUCUGCCUUUCAAUCUUUGGCUGGAAAUGCUAAGACUUCGUGGUCUGCGUCGCACAUGAGCAAUAAAUGGGCCAGUCUUGCCAGACCAUUCAGCACCAAGCCUGCUGGUAAUGAUGUUAUUGGAAUUGACUUGGGUACAACAAACUCGUGUGUUGCUGUUAUGGAGGGCAAGGCUGCAAAAGUCAUUGAGAAUGCCGAGGGUUCUCGCACAACUCCAUCAGUAGUUGCCUUCAACAACAAAGGAGAACUUUUGGUGGGUACACCAGCUAAGCGUCAAGCAGUGACCAAUCCUACAAACACAGUGUUUGGAACCAAGCGUCUAAUUGGCAGGAGAUUUGAUGAUCAACAAACACAGAAGGAAAUGAAGAUGGUUCCAUAUAAGAUAGUUAAGGCUCCUAAUGGAGAUGCUUGGGUUGAGGCGAAUGGUCAGCAGUACUCUCCAAGUCAGAUUGGUGCCUUUGUGUUGACCAAGAUGAAGGAAACUGCCGAGGCUUAUCUUGGAAAGACUGUAAAUAGUGCUGUUGUUACUGUUCCAGCAUACUUCAAUGAUGCACAGAGGCAAGCCACAAAGGAUGCAGGGCGUAUCGCUGGCCUUGAUGUUCAGAGAAUUAUUAACGAACCCACUGCAGCUGCACUUUCCUAUGGGAUGAACAAUAAGGAGGGUUUAAUUGCUGUUUUUGACCUUGGUGGUGGAACAUUUGAUGUUUCCAUUCUAGAGAUAUCAAAUGGUGUCUUUGAGGUGAAAUCGACCAAUGGUGACACAUUUUUGGGUGGAGAAGACUUUGAUAACACUCUAUUGGAUUUCCUAGUGAGUGAAUUCAAGAGGACUGAUAGUAUAGACCUUUCAAAAGACAAACUUGCUCUGCAGAGACUUCGUGAAGCAGCUGAGAAGGCUAAGAUUGAACUUUCAUCAACCUCACAGACUGAGAUUAACCUUCCCUUCAUCACAGCAGACCAGUCUGGUGCAAAGCAUUUGAACAUUACCCUGACCAGGUCAAAGUUUGAAGCUCUGGUUAAUUCAUUGAUUGAAAGGACCAGAGCUCCUUGCAAGAAUUGUUUGAAAGAUGCUGGAAUAUCAACCAAGGAGGUAGAUGAGGUCCUACUUGUGGGUGGGAUGACCAGAGUUCCAAAGGUGCAGGAGAUAGUCUCAGAAAUAUUUGGCAAGAGCCCUAGCAAGGGUGUGAAUCCCGAUGAAGCAGUAGCUAUGGGAGCUGCCAUUCAGGGUGGUAUACUCCGUGGUGAUGUCAAGGAGUUGCUUUUGCUGGAUGUCACUCCUUUGUCACUUGGUAUUGAGACCCUUGGCGGUAUCUUCACCAAAUUGAUUACUAGGAACACAACUAUCCCGACAAAGAAGAGCCAGACGUUUUCAACUGCUGCUGACAACCAAACUCAAGUCGGUAUUAAGGUGUUACAAGGUGAACGUGAGAUGGCAUCAGACAACAAAAUGUUGGGUGAGUUUGACCUUGUUGGCAUUCCUCCAGCUCCUAGGGGUAUGCCCCAGAUUGAAGUCACGUUUGACAUCGAUGCCAACGGUAUUGUUACUGUCUCUGCCAAGGAUAAGACCACCGGUAAAGAACAACAAAUCACCAUUAGGUCAUCAGGAGGUCUUUCCGAUGAUGAAAUUGAGAAGAUGGUUAGGGAAGCCGAGAUGCAUGCCCAAAAAGAUCAAGAAAGGAAGGCUCUUAUCGAUGCCAGAAAUACAGCUGACACAACUGCAUACAGUGUGGAGAAGAGCCUGAAUGAGUACAAGGACAAGAUCCCAUCCGAAGUUGCAUCAGAAAUCGAGGCAGCAGUGGCUGAUCUGAGAAAGGCAUCAGGAGGUGACAGUGUCGAGGAGAUCCAAUCCAAGAUUGAUGCCGCCAACAAGGCUGUCUCCAAGAUUGGAGAACACAUGAGCGGUGGUGGUUCAGCCGGUGGUUCCAGCUCAGGAGGGUCGCAGGGCGGUGAUCAACCUCCUGAGGCAGAAUACGAAGAGGUGAAGAAGUAAAUCUCGCAGACUGGAGAAGCUAAUUUUAUUUUGCUAUUAGCUGCUUGUUGAGUGGCAAGGUUUUUAGGAGUUUUGUAUCUAAAAUCUCGGAAUGUUAAAGUUUGUUAGUCUUCCUACUUGAUAAGGCCGGGUGCUACUUGAAAAGUAAACCAACAUUGCCAUCGAUAAACUUUAUUAUUUUGUUACA